UUUAAACCUCUCUCUCUCUCUCCCCCCAGACAAAAAUGGCGAAACCAAGACCAUCUCUCUCCUUCUUCUUCUUCUUCUUCCUCCUCUUCCUCGUACUCUCCCUCGCCACCACCCCAGCCCAAUCCUUCGUCCCCAGCCACCCCAAACCAGCCCCCACCAGCUUCAUCGUCUCCUCCUGCCGCGCCACCCGCUAUCCGGCCCUCUGCGUCCACUGCCUCGCCGCCUAUGGCCGCGCCAUCCAACAGAGCGACCGCCACCUCGCCCAGGCCGCCCUCAUCGUCAGCCUCGCCCGGGCCCGCUCCGCCGCCUCCUUCGUGUCCAGGCUGUCCCGAGCUCGCCGCAUCAAGCUCCGCGAGCUCCGGGCCGUGAGGGACUGCGUCGAGAACAUGGGCGACUCCGUGGACCGUCUCGCCGAUUCAGCGAGGGAGCUCGGGCGCUCGGAUCGGGACGCGGGCGAGGACUUCGCGUGGCACAUGAGCAACGUGGAGACGUGGGUGAGCGCCGCGCUGACGGACGAGAACACCUGCGUGGAUGGGUUCGCGGGGGUCAUGGAUGGGGGAUUGAAGGUGGCGGUGAGGCGGAGGGUAGUAUAUGUUGCUCAGGUGACCAGCAACGCGCUCGCUCUCGUGAACCGGUUCGCUUCCAAACAUCGGCCAGUCGCGGUGGCCGGAACGCCUUGAGUGGAGUAAGAGAAAAUAGGUUUUACCUUUGGUACUUCGUCGUUUCUUUCUCUUUUUUCUUUUCCGUUUUGUGUAAAAUGCAUGAGGAGAGAGUAGAAGCAGCAGCAGUGUGGUGUGAGUGUUGUUCCUGGCUUAUUAGACUUUGUCGAUGGAAAUGGUAAAAGGUCAAAAAAGAAAAGAACGAGCAGAAGCUGUAAUCUUGCGAGUUACCAGUUGUAUUUUACCAGUUUCACCGUCCCUAAUUCUAUUCCGAGCGAAGAGAAAA